AGUGACGUCAUGGAGUAGAAUCGAUCUAGAAGCGAACAGAACCGACACGGAAUUUGGUUCAAAUCUCCGCGGACCUUUCAGAUGUCUGUUGUACACUGAGAGAGUAAUGUGUGUGUUGUGGUUACUCUGAUCCUCGGAGAGAUAAAAAUGGUUGUUUACAAUCUAUUUAAUUCCGUCGUAUUGGAUCUUCUACUGCGCCACCUGCUGUUAGUCGCCGGAGCUGCAGUCGUGACAGUCUGCAUUUAUUAUUAUGUCCAACGGGACGAUGGAGAACAAACCACCGCGGACACCGAGGACACCACCGUCCCCGAAGACCCAGUUUAUGAACAGACCACAGAACCGGCUCUGGUCCGACCCACAGAGGUUGUUCAGGACCAGAUGAUGGAGGCUGAGUCUGAGGCUGAGGAGAAGAUUCAGGAGCUGGUGGUGCCCAAGAUUCAGCUGGAGGACAGAGUGAAGGAGCUGGAGGAACUACUCUGUGAGGCACGCAGAAGCUAUGACCUGAAAAGUAAGGAGUGUGAGCUAGAACAGGAGGCUCACAGCAUCCUCCAGACUGAGAAUGACAAAAUGAAGAAGACCAUCGCUCAGCUGGAGGAGCAGAACGAUCAGAUGAGUAGCCAGGAGCUGUUAAUGAAUGUCAUUCUGGCUGAAGCUGAGGAGAAACAUCAGAAGGAUGUGAAGACCAUCACUCAGCUGGUGGAGGAGAAAUCUGACCUUGAAGAAAGGGUGGAGGCACUGAGAGAUACAUUGAGGAAAACAAAGAACCUUCUCAACGAGUCUAAGAGGAAGUUUGAUGAUAUGUUUAACGAGCAAGAUCAAGAAACGCACUGUUCCCUCUGUUUAGAGAACCAAGAGAUGCAGGACACCAUCGUUCAGAUGGAGAUGGAGAGAUCUGAAAAGUUAAUCCAGAUGGAGAACCAGAAAAACAAAAUGAAGGACCUGGGAAACCUGGUCUUUGACAUGAACAUGGAGAUUGCUCAUCUAACCAAUGAGCAAAAGCGAGCACGGGAGGAUUGCAGCAUCCUCCGGGCUGAGAAUAUGAAGAUGAAGAAGGAGGAGGAGUUACUGAAGGUCACUCUGUCUGAAGCUGAGGAGCAACAUCAGAAGGACCUGGAGACCAUCACUCAGCUGGAGGAGGAGAAUUCUGAGCUGACAGAAAAGGUGCAGGCACUGAGAGAUACAGUGGAGGAAAUGGGGAAAGAGCUUCUUGAAACUAACAGAGAGUGUGAAGAGCUAAUGACCGACCGAGAGGCUCACAGCAUCCUCCAGUCUGAGGUCAAUGAGAUGAAGAAGAUCAUCAGUCAGCUGGAGGAGCAAAACAGUGAGAUGAAGAUAACUCUGAUUCAUAAGGAGGAGUUACUGAAGGUCACUCGGGCUAAAGCUGAGGAGCAACAUCAGAAGGAUGUGGAGACCAUCGUUCAGCUGGAAGAGGAGAAUUAUGACCUUACAGAAAAGGUGGAGGCACUGAGAGGCACAGUGGAGGAACUGGGGAAAGAGCUUCUUGAAUUUAACAGAGAAUGUGACGAGCUAAUGAAUGAGCAAGAGGCUCACAGCAUCCUCCAGUCUGAGAACAGUGAGAUGAAGAAGACUCUGAUACACAAGGUCACUCUGGCUGAAGCUGAGGGGCAACAUCAGAAUAAUGUGGAGACCACCACUCAGCUGGAGAAGGAGAGUUCUGACCUGACAGAAAGGGCCGAGGCACUGAGAGAUACGGUGGAGGAACUGGGGAAAGACCUCAUUGAGACACAUUUGCAGUGUGAUGAGCUCACAGGUAGUGUGAGCGAAAGGCUUACAGCGUCCUCCAGACCGAGUACAAUGAGAAGAAGGAGAUCCUGAUUCACAAGAGGAGAUACUGAUGAAACAGGACCAAACUCUUGGAUCCAGUGAGAGCAGCACGGGAUCCACAUCAGGAUCGGUGUGAUAUGAAAAUGAGGAUGAGGUUCCCUUCUGAGUCUGGUUCCUCCCAAGGUUUCUUCCUCAUAUCAUCUCAGGGAGUUUUUCCUUGCCGCCGUCGCCUCCGGCUUGCUCAUUAAGGAUAGGGAUAGAUGUAUAGUAUUUUAAAUUUUAAUCUUUUUUAAAUUCAUUUUAAAGCUUCAAUUGUAUAUAUUUACUUAUUUCUUUGUAUUCUUAUCUUUUCUUCUUCUCAUUAUUAUGAUGUGUGUAUUUCCUUUUUUUCCCUCUCUUCUGUUCCCAUACAUCUGUAAAGCUACAGAUAGACAAGAGGUUGAGACAAUGAGAAAUUGUUAAAAGCGCUAUAGAAAUAAAUUGAAUUGAAAAAUAAAGGAAGAAGAAAAUAAAAGAAAGAAAGAA